AUGUCCAAGGCGCAAAAGAUCCUGGGCAUCGCCGAGAUCAACAUCGACGCGCCGCGACAAUGGGACACUGCGUCCACCACCUCGGGCAUCAGUGUCUACGUGUCCGAGAGCACGGCGACUUACAACACGAGCGAGAGGAGCCCGGGCCCGCGCCACGACGACGGCGCCGGCGCCGGCAAAAGCCGCAGGAAUACCACGCAAUGGGAGCAGGAGUCUGAGAUCGUGCCGGCGUACCUGGCCAACCGGUUUUCGCAACUCAACACCGCUGACUACCGGGAGUUCACCGAGACCUCGAGCCUGACCCGACGGGGCUCGAAUUCGACCAUCACCUCAUGGUAUGACAAAUCCAAGAUGCCGCUUUCAAUAUCCCAACAAACCUCGUCCUCCGCCAUGGCCAAAGGGCUACCCCAGAAAGCGAACGCCGUCCUCGACAUGAAAGGAAAGGAAUCGAACCAUGUGGUGUCGUCGGACCCGAAGGUGACGAAGCGGCCUAGCCGCUUGGACCUGGCUCCCUUGUUGUCCCUACAUAAGCAUCAUAGCCUCCGAAGCAAGAACGAAUCUAAACGAGAGAGUGACGAGUCGAAGAUGCCGCCGACGAUCCCGCCGAGGGCCGAGCGGAAACUGGUGAGGAGAAGCACGCUCGACAGCAUAAAAUCUAUGACUGGCCGCCCGAGGACGGGGUCGAGCAGUCGCAGGGGCGCUAAUGAUAUUGGCACGCUCCCCAACUUGUACGAGCACUACGAGCAGAUGUCAUUCGACCACGUCCUCGGUCACGACGGCCCUUUGGCGGCGUCGGACCCGUUCCUGGACAAGGCCGGACAAAUACCGGAUCAAAGAAGGAACGCUCCAAGGCCGCCAAUCCGGCAUGAGGGGACAUCUUCUGUGUACCAAAUCCAUCACGGCGUAUUGCCAGAGCCGCCCAAACCCACGGGGCAGCAACCGAUGCAGGCCGACCGGGACUGCGCGUCGAGCGUCUCGAGUCGUUACACCAAGACUUCCAGGGCGUCCAAGCGGACGAGCCACAGCAUCAAUGAGUCCGAUCUGGCGGAGAAGAGCGUGCUGUCGCUGUCGUCGGACUCGGAGGACGACGCUUUCACGGACUCGGUCUCUAAAUUUACCGGGGGGUCCCGGAGCAGCGACGCCGGCAGCCUGAACCCCUCGUCGUCGGUGAGGUCGGCGCAUUCCCGGAAUGCAUCAUCCGUGGGGCACGGCUCGAGGAGGUCGACGAAGCACGCCAGCUUCUCCCAGCCCGGUGAGUACUUGGCCAUCCCGAGCAAGCCGCCCUCGGGCCAGCCCCCCGUCGUCUACCCUCCUCGGAUGAGCUCUUUGCCGGCCACGACGUACAGGCCCCCGGCUGCAUCGGGCCGGCUGUCGCGGAACUCGGCCAACUUGUCCACGACCAACUCUACAGGGGACCGUCCGAUGCAUCCGGCCUACGGCGUUCACGAGACCCGCGCCAGCUCGGUUCCUCCCCCGACCGAGUUCCACACACAGCCCGUCCGCGUGGAGCAGCCGCGGCGCGUGCUUUCUACAAAGUCGACGUCCGCUCGCUCCGUCGACCAACCGACCCCGCCGAUGAGCCCGACGUCGGCCAAGGCCUCCAUCGCCUCAGAGCAGCCCCCCGUGGACAGCCCCAGCGCGGCAGACGCCCGGUUCAUGGCCGUCACGCGGCAGGAGGAGAUGCUGCUCGCCGCCCUCCGGAUGAAGCGGGCCCGGAUGCGCGAGACGAUCCUGGCCGAGUACGACGAAGAGGUGAGGAGCGCGUCUCCGCACCUCCACCAACGGAAUUCUUCGCAGACGACCAUCACCGAGAUCAACUGGCCCGAGCCGCCCCAGACGCUCCGCCACCAGACGUCGGCCAACUCCGCUAGCACCAUCAGGGCCGGGUCGCGCUCUUCCAGCAGCCGUCCGGAGUCGACGGCCCCGGACAACAGCCAUCACCGUAGCAGCUCCCGUCAUAUUGAGCCUGGCCCGCGAUCAUCGUCAAAGACGUUGUCCCGGGCCACCGGCGCGAGGAAGAUGGUGCCGGUCCAGGAAGCAAUGCCGGCCGAGGCCAAGCGCGAGCGGGUCUUGCUCUACCUGGACCGGCCGGUGGGCCACGUCAGCUCGAUGGACUUUGCCGAGCCCAGCCCGGACCUGAGCGACUACAUGGACUUAGACAACGGCAGCGAGACUGAAGACGAGCCGUUCGGCGACGCGUCGUUCUUCCGGGGCCGCGACGCCCGACACGGCGCAGCCAGCAAGGACCGCGGGCGGAUGUUGAGGAUGGGGGAGCGGAAUGGGCACGAGCCGUCCCCGUUGCGACCGAGAGGCGACCACGCCCCGGUCAAGGAGCGAGUCCGGGCGACGGCGGGGGUCGACGGCGAUGCCGUCCGGUUCGGCGGCGUCCCGAGGCCGGACUCGCCAGUCUCGCCCGAAGACGCCCCGGGCUUCACCACCAGGCGGCUGUCGACGAGGAGGGCCGUUAGGCUGAGCGCGGUCGGCAACUCCGGGGUCGAGGCCGCUUCCUGGGGACACGACGGCUGA